AUGGGCGGUGCGCACCGCCCACAGCGCGCGCCCAUACACCGACGACAAAUCAGUCCGGCCCAACCCACCACCACUUUAAACCACCACCAUGCCCCCGUUUACGUCAAGCCUGAGAACGCCCUCAGGCGUGCCGAGGAGCUCCUUGCUCUCGGUACCACCCAGUCGCAGGCCCAGGCCUUCGAGUUCCUCUCCGAGGUCUUCCAGUCGAAGCGCUUCAAGCACACCCCGAUCCCCACCCUUGAGCCCAUUGUCCUCAAGUACAUCGACCUCUGUGUUGCUCUCCAGCGUCGCAACGAUGCCCGCGAGGCCCUUGUCCAGUACAAGAACGCCGCUCAGAACCAGAACGUGGCUUCUAUCGAGAAGGUUCUCCUCCACUUUAUCGAGCAGGCCGAGUCGCGCCUUGCCGCUGCCACCAAGGAGGCCGAGUCCAAGGUUGCCGCUCUCCCCGCUGCCCCCGCCGAGACCGAGGACGACGACCUCCCCCUCCAGCCCGCGACCAUGCUGUUCGAUGCCUUUAUCGACAGCGCCGGUGACCGUGAGCGCAUUGAGCGCUCCCUGAUCGCCCCUGCCCAGAAGCUUUGCUGGGACGCGUACGAUGUCUCGCUCGACAUUGCCAAGGGCAACGACCGUCUCGAGGUCAUCUACCAGCAGAUUGCCCACCGCGCCUUUGCCUUCUGCAAGGAGCACCAGCGCAAGUCGGACUUCCGUCGUCUCUGCGAGCAGCGCCUCCGCAAGGACCUCGCCAACGCCACAAAGUACGGCCACCAGCAGCACGCCGUCAACCUCGCCGACCCCGAGACCCUCUCGCGUCACCUCGACACUCGUUUCCUCCAGCUCGAGACCGCCGUCGAGCUCGAGCUCUGGCAGGAGGCCUUCCGCUCGGUCGAGGACGUUCACGGUCUCGUUGCCGGCAAGAAGGGCGCCAAGCCCUCGAUGAUGGCCAACUACUACGAGAAGCUCACCCAGAUCUUCAAGGCUGAGGGUGGCAAGCAGACUGCCGUCUUCCACGCCGCUGCCUGGGCUCGCUACUACCAGUACGCCGAGCGUGCCGGCACCGUCUCGGACCGUGCCCCCGCCGCUGUCCUUCUCUCGGCCCUCGCUGUGCCCCUCGGUGACGUCGAGACCAAGCAGCGUCUCGUUGCCCUCCUCAACCUCCCCAAGAUGCCCACUCGCCAGGCUCUUGUCCGCGACGCCGCUGCCAAGCACCUCAAGCGUGUCCCCGCCGACGUCCGUCAGCUGUACAACGUUAUCGAGGUCGACUUCCAGCCCCUCAAGGCUUGCAAGCUCCUUGCUCCCCUCGUCGCCAGCCUCCCUGCCGACUUUGCCGCCUACCUCCCUGCUCUCCGUGACGUUGUCCUCUCGCGUCUCAUCCAGGAGCUUUCGCAGGUCUACGAGACUGUCUCGCUCUCGCAGGUCCUCAACCUUGUCAAGGCCUUUGACAACGGCCCCUGGGCCACCGACAUGUCGGCUCUUGAGAAGUUCCUCAUGACCGCCUCGCGUCGUGGUGACAUCAACGCCACUGUCGACCACGUUGCCAAGACUGUCAACUUUGCCGCUCCCCCCGCCGACCUCAACCGUCUCUCCAACCUUGCCCUCUACCUCCACAACGCCAUCCAGUUCCUCAACCCCACCCCUCAGGUGUCGCGUGCCGAGGCCUUUGCCGCCGCCAUUGCCGAGGCCGAGGAGGAGCACAAGCGCAACGAGCACCGUCGCCUCAUUGUCCAGAAGCGUCGCGAGCUCAUGGAGGAGGCCAACCUCCGCCGCGAGCGCGAGGAGUCGACCGCCAAGGCCGAGCGUGCCAAGCAACAGGCCGAGGAGAACGCCCGUCUUGCCAAGGAGGCUGCCCGCCAGGCCGAGGUCGACCGUCUGCAGCGCCAGAUGGAGGCCACCCGUCGUGAGGAGGCCCUCAAGCUUGCCGAGCAGCUCGCCCAGAAGUCGUCGCUCAAGAUUGACAUUUCGACCAUCAAGGACGACGAGCUUGACACCACCAAGAUUGUCGCCAUGCAGGUCGAGCAGAUUGCCAAGGAGAAGCGCGAGCUCAACGAGCGUCUCCGCAUCGUCGCCAAGCGCGUCGACCACCUCGAGCGUGCCUACCGCAAGGAGGAGCGCCCUCUCCUGGCCGCCGACUACGACCGCCAGAAGAAGGACGACCUGGAGAACCACCACCGCGCCAACGCCGACGCUCGCGAGGCUGCUAUUGCCCAGCAGAAGCACGCCAUAGAGCUCAAGGCCCGUCUUGGCCGCAUGAUGCCCGACUACGUCGCCGCCCGCUCGCUCGUCGAGUCGCAGCGCCAGGCCGAGUUUGAGGCUGCCCGCACCGCCGCCGCUCAGCGUAUCGCCGAGGAGAAGCAGCGUUUCCUCGCCGACGUCCUUGCCCGCCGCAAGGCCGAGAAGGAGGCUCGCGACGCCGAGAUUGCCGAGCGCGAGGAGGAGGAGCGCCGCAUCGCCGAGCAGGAGGAGGAGGAGGCCCGCGCCGCCGCCGAGCAGGAGGAGGAGGAGGCCCGCGCGCGUGCCGAGAUUGAGCAGCGCAAGGCGGAGGCCGAGGAGAAGGCCGCCGCCCUCCGUGCCGAGCGCGAGGCCCAGCGCGCAAAGGACGCCGAGCUCAUCCGCCGCCAGCAGGAGCGCGAGGAGGCCGCCCUUGCCCGUCGCCAGGCUUCGGCCGGCGGUGUGUCCCGCGCCCCCGUCGCCGCCGCACCUGCUGCCGAGUCUGCCCGCCCCGCCAUCGCCGGUAUUGCCCCCGGUGGCUGGCGCGAGAAGCUCGCCGCCAAGAAGGCCGCCGAGGCCGCUGGCGGCGCUGCCCCUGCCCCCGCACCGGCUGCUGCUGCUGCCCCCGCCGCCGCCCCCGCUGCCGCUGCCGCCUCGCCCUUGGCCAACGGCACCCCGGAGCGUUCCCCCGCCGGCACCCCUCCUGCCGGCGCUGACGGUGCCGCCCCCGAGCGUGGCGGCGCCUGGCGCCGCGGUGGCUCGGCACGCGGCCGUGGUGCCCCCCCAGCGCCUACCCGUGGUGGCGGUGCUGGCAGGUGCCUGUGCACGUCGCUGCCUGGUGACGCGCUGUCGCCGCUGCUGGCGCCUCUGGCGGGCCUGGACGCCGUGGGCACGUUCCACGCCGCUGCCAGUGCCCCCACCUCGUUGGCCACCACCUCAUCCUCCUCCUCCGCGCCUUCCCUCGCCAUCGCAGCGUUCACGCCCGAGCAGCACGAGACCGUGUCGACGUGGUACGUCUCCGAGACGGGACGGGGGCCCGCCGAGGUCGGCCGGUGGCACCGCGUCGGCACGGACUGGAUGGCGGACACGCGCGGGGACACUGUGGGCGAGCUCGAGGCGGCGCUGGAGAAGGGCGGGUGGGAUAGCCUGUGGGCGCCAGAGGAUAAGGGGGUGGUGUUGGGUGAUGGGCGGGAUACGGACCGAGCGACCGCGGUCGUGGCGUUGACGGACGGCACGCCGCAUCCCGUCCUGGCUGCAAUGGACGCGUACCCCAACGCCGUCAAGCUCGGCAUCAUGUCCGCCCCGACACCGUUCCUCACCGGCCGCCCACACACACUCUUCCACAAGGGCCAGCCGUAUUCGGUCGGCAGCGUCGGUCUCGUGUUCUCUGGUAUGCCUGCGCCAGCGGUCGAGACAGAGUAUGGCGUGGAGGCACUGGACAAGGAAUACGUCGUUGAGAGGUGUCGCGGAAACCUCCUCUUGUCAAUGGAAGGCGCGCCCAACCCCACACAAACGUUGAUUCUCGCACUGCAACGGCGUGAUGUCGGCCGGCCAGCCAGCUUGACCAAGGACGAGGACUUUUACCUGGCCAUCACGGACCCAAAGUCUGACGGGAACACCACGACGCAGGACCAACGACGCAUUGUGCGUAUCCUCUCAGGCGACCCCAGCCGCGGAUCGCUGGGCGUCGACACGGAGAUGUCGCUGCUCCCGGGCCAGACAGUGCAGUUCAUGCAACGCACGCGCAACCGUACCACCGCUCCGCCGGCAGCACGACGCACGUCUUCCUCCAGCUUGACAUUCUCGGUUCUGCCGCGUGCAGACGAGGCGGACUGGUCUGCGCCGCCCGAAGAGACGGGUGAGCCGGUGACGCUGGACGGGUUCAUGGUCGCGUCCGAGGGCGGGAUGGUGUAUGCGCCGCCGGGCGGCACGACGAGCGUGUGUGCUGUGGCGGACGCGACGUGGUAG